GUGAUAUUCUCACAUGCUAAACCAAUGUCGGGUUCUUUCCAUUGCUUUCUCCUAUAUUUCCACCUUAGCACCGACUCACUCUCACUCAACUCAGCUCAGUCAGUUUCUCUUUCUCUUUCUAAGUUUGAACUCAUAGUUAAUCUUUAGAAAUGGGUUCUCGGACCGGGUUGCACCAGCUGAGCAAUGGGUUGUACGUGUCGGGGCGGCCGGAGCAGCUGAAGGAGCGGCAGCCGACGGUGGCAUUGCGCGCAGUGCCAUACACCGGCGGCGACGUCAAGAAUUCCGGGGAGCUAGGCAAAAUGUACGGCAUAGAUUUCUCGAGCGGGGACCACUCGAGCCCGCAAGUGCCCAGGCUAUCUUCUAGAGCUUCCUCGUCUUCACAGCACACCAGCGGAUCCGUCAGAUCCGGCCCGAACUCCGGCCCGUUCCCCAAGAAGUCCCCGUCCUCGUCCUUCUCCGGGCCAAUCAUGACGCCCAUUCAACCCACCGGGCUCCUCACCUCCGGCCCGUUGGGCUCCAGCGUGGCCCGCCGCUCCGGCCCGCUCGAGCCCACCGCUUCUUUUAGCAAAGCCGUCUACGGCUCCGCCGUGACGAGCUUGAGCGAGGAGGCGAAGCUGCGGUUUAGAGUGUCGAGACUAGCAAUGUGGGUGGUUUUGCUGCUGCUUCUGAUGACUCUGGUGGUGGGGGCUUUCUUGAUGGUGGCGGUGAAGAAGGCGGUGAUUCUCCUCGCGGUGGCCGGAAUUCUAGCUCCGCUUUUCGUCUUCUUGCUUUGGAAUCUUGCGUAUAAGCAAAAAGGAUUUAUGGGUUUCUUGAAAAGAUUUCCAGAUUCUGAGCUUAGAGGCGCCAUUGAUGGACAUUACGUCAAGGUCACUGGGGUUGCCACUUGUGGCAGUAUCCCUUUGGAAACAUCUUUUCAGAAGAUAGAGAGAUGUAUAUAUGUUUCGACAGAAUUGUAUGAAUACAGAGGUUGGGGUGGGAAACCUGCAAAUUCCCGACAUUGUUUCUUUUCAUGGGGACAAAGGCAUUCUGAGAAAUAUGUGGCCGACUUUUACAUAUCAGACUUCCAGUCUGGAUUGAGAGCUCUGGUGAAGACAGGCAAUGGAGCUAAAGUUGCUCCGUUCGUCACACCUUCAACAGUUGUUGACAUAACGAAGGAUAACAAAGAGCUAUCUCCGAAUUUCUUAAAAUGGCUUGCUGACAGAAAACUCUCGAGUGAUGACCGUAUAAUGCGCCUCAAAGAAGGUUACAUACAAGAAGGUAGCACUGUAAGUGUAAUGGGGGUCGUGAGGCGCCACGAUAACGUGCUAAUGAUUGUUCCACCCGAAGAACCUGUCUCAACAGGUGUUCAAUGGACUCGGUGUCUACUCCCAAUCAACAUAGAAGGUCUGGUCUUGACAAGCGACGACUGUCAGAAUGCUGAUGUAAUUCCUGUAUAGAUUAUGUGGUAAUGUUCUUCGCUGUGAUUCGGGCUAUCUGGCAUCAGUAAUAGCAGAAUACAAACCAGGUAUAUAUAUAUAUAUACACGCACUGAAAGCCAACAGACCUCUCUCGUUUUGCUUAUGGGAGAUUCAAGUGUGUGUAACAUACCAGCAUCGCCUCAACGAUGAACAACAAGGAGUGGAUGCGUGUUCUUAAAUGUUUAAUGAGUGGGUUGAUCUACGUUUUCGUAAUUGUAAAUCUAUAGGGGAAUGACAAAACACAUUCCUCCCUUGAGCAGCAAAUGCAGUGUUACAUUAGUUUGGUUACAUUCCAUGAUGUUUUGUUUGUUUAAGCUGUGUAUUUAUGUUGUAAAUAACUUAUCUGAGAUUGAUUAUAAAUGCAUAUAUAUAUAUAUGUUUUUCCAUUUUCUUCA